AGUUGCGGUUUUUACUUUCAUCGGUUCGGUUGUCGUCGUAGUUUCGGCCAAGAUAUCAGAAAAGAUCUGCCUCCCAACGAAACACACUUUUAGGAAGUUUUUGCAGAUUUAGCCGGUCUGUAUAAAACAUAUAUAAAAAAAUCGAACCGUAAAUAAGUGAAAACUACGACAACAAAACUUUGAGAUUAUCCAAGCCCAAGGUGUUUGUUCGCGGUCACCGAAAUCCUUCAAGCCCUUAUCAAGAAAAAGCUAUCGUUUCAGUCGUUUACCACAGUCAUGCCAAUGAACGAACUGAUCAAAAUAUAAUACUACGACAAUGUCAGCGGAAGAACACGAGACAGUAUUCGACAGUGCGCAGAACUGCGUUUCACGGAUGAACCAGCAAAAUACCUAAAACAAUGAAGGGUAGAUUCUAGUCAAAUAUAGCUAGAGAGAUACUACAGCCACCCGCAGUUUACCACUAGAUUUUUGGAAAUUUUGGAAAUAAAGUGGCAAAGUGGAAAAUUGUGGGAAAAGCAAAACAGUGCCCCUUACCUAGUGGCAAAGAUGUCAAACCUAAGCAUAGCCGUGUUGGCUGUCCUAAUGCUCAACUUCAAUUGUGUCAGCAAGUGCUCGAAUGAGACCAAAAAACUUGAACCAGCCCCCUUGGCAGGACAUCGGCUUGUUAGCAGGGAUGGCAACACCACCAUUCUGCAUGAAGUGCAGAAAACGGAAACAGAGUUACCGCUAUUUUUAAACACUCACGAGAUCCUGCCGCUCAAGCCGCUAAAGAAGAAACCUUAUUUGCCCCUGGAGAAGAUAAUGCCGACCAUUGAGUAUGUAAAGCCACCACAACCACUGAAGGAGUUCGAACUGCAUCCGGUUACCUUUGACUUCAAUUUGGGAGAUUUAGAGGAUUUGGAACACGAGGUUAUUAAGAAGGGUGAUCUGAACAAUCAGAAUCAGCAUGUCCUGACCUUGGACACUAGCUACAAUCCCUCAAAUCCCGAUGAGAACGAUACUGUGGAUAUACACAUCGCCGAGUUUUCCACAGAGCCCAACACAGCAACUUUGUCGGGAACGUCGUCUUCUUUUUCGGCGAUAACCAGCAGUACUUCCAAUACUCACAUUCUGAAGAUCCUGGGUAGUAAGCCGCCAAUGGCACCAAAACUAAGUCGCGAUCUGCUUAAGCAAACUGGAGACGAUGAUAUGCAGAUAAAAACCUUGGGCAGCACUAUUAAUAGCAUUCAUCGUUAUUUGGGGACGACCGCGAAUGGAACAGGAAACGGCACUGCAGUUGAGAGUCUUUAUGGCCAGGCCAACUAUUUCCAACUGGUGGCAAAUCUCUAUGACCACUUUUACUGGCAGAUUUCUGAGAUCCGAACAAAUGUUCACACAGGCUGCGGGCUCGAAAUGCAAGCGUAUUUAACGGCACUUCAUUCUAGUUACGAGUGGGCUCAAAAGGCUUAUGAUUCAUCUGGGCGCUACCGUGGCCAGCUGCUCUUUGGAAACGAUAAGUGGCUCGGUCAGCUUUCCUUCUGUUAUGAGCUCAACCGCCAGAGUUUAACUGAAGAGCGGCAGCACUUUGAUCUGCAGUUCUAUGUGGCGGAUGUUGCGCUUCAUUUGCCCAGUCUAAAUCGAUCGAUGCUUUUGAGUCUCGGAGAGUGUUUACCCAAAUCUUGUUCUGACAUUGAUGUCAAAUCUAUCUUGUCCCUUGAUCCAUAUGCUCGAAUGUUGACAGUUUUGGGCGCUCACAAUACCUCGAUGCAACAACCUCCGCUUCAGAUCCUCCAUGUUCGCACUGUGCCUGGAAUUUAUUCCCACUGGCGUCAGUUAAAGUUUCAGGUGUUCAUCAGCUUUAUGCUCACUCUCUUUCUGGUGAUUUUGGUUGCUUCCUAUUAUCAGCUCAAAAUCGACGAACGUCGUUUAGUUGUGGCACCUAUUGCGGCCAUUAGUGGCAAAUGCGAUGGAACCUCUACCAAAAACGACGUAUUUUAUGGCAAGUCCUUCGAGCUAUUUCAAAUGCGCCCCUUGGGCUGCACCAGUUCUUCAACGGAUGACCCCGAAGUAGAUGUGAAUGGAAAUAGACAAAGAUGUGGGGACUCAUCUGACAUGGAAAACGGUGUUCAACGGGAAUUCGCUGACCCCAACACUUCCACGUCAGUUGGGGAAAAGUCAGAAAUGGGAGAUUACCAAAUGGAAACUGGGAGUUGUGCUGGAGGCACUGGAACUUAUGAGGCGAAGCAAUCUGUUGCUUUGCACCAACAAAUACUAUUGUGCUUCGCAUUGCAAACCAAUGCCAAGGCAAUUCUAAACAUUAACAAGACCAAGGAGAUCCACACUGCAUGCCUGCAUGGAUUAAGAGUAUUCUCCGUGCUUUGGACCAUGAUGGUGCACACUUAUCUUCAGAUGUUUGCCAUUGGUGAAAAUAAAUUUGAAAGGAUCAUCACAGAGCGCUCUUUUUGGUAUCAGGUGAUUGGCAAUGCCACUUUCUCGGUAGACUCAUUCUUCUUUAUCAGCGGCCUGCUUGUCACAAUGCUCUACCUCAAGCAGAAUCGCAAAUAUCCGACGGAAACAUGCCUUUUCAUAAAAAGCUGCUUUUCGGAAUCGCUUAUGAUGCUGCUCUAUCGCUACCUACGGCUAACACCAGUUUAUCUCUUUGUAGUCAUAUUCAAUGACUUUGCCGUAAGGCAAGGGCUAGACACUUCGGUCUUUCAGCCGGCCAAAAUAGAGCACAACACUUGCCGCAUGUAUUGGUGGCGCAAUAUUUUGUAUAUAAACAACUAUUUUCCGCAAACCGAAAUGUGCAUGAUGUGGAGCUGGUAUAUGGCCAACGAAAUGCAGUUUUAUGUGAUGGCUGCUCUGCUUUUAGCUUUAGCCAGAAAGUACUUCAAAGCCGUGGCUAUUACGCUUUUCGUUUUUCUACUCAGCUCGUGGAGCAUUUCUGGUAUAAUAUCCUUGACAUAUCAGUACACCCACAAAGUUUCUCUGCCCUUCGAAUCUUUUGAUUUCCUUUAUGACAAACCAUGGCAACGAGUGGGCUCUUAUAUAAUGGGAAUGUGCACCGGAUACGUUUUGUAUAAGGUGAAGACUCCGCCGCUGAUUUCCAGGCGUUUAAAUCUUUCCCUUUGGGCAUGCAGCCUUUUCGUACUUCUGAUCGUGGUCUUUGGGGUUUGGGAAGGACAUUUAGGCACCACCAGCAGCGCCUUUUACGUGGGCGUAGCCCACACAGCCUUCGGAUGUGGGCUAGUGUGGAUCGUCUUAUCCUGCUGUUGGGGGCUUGUGCCAACCGUAAAUGCAAUACUGUCGUAUCGCGUUAUGUGGCCACUUUCACGACUCACAUACUGUGCCUAUCUGAUCCAUCCCAUCAUAAUGUUCAUUUGCUCUUCGCACAUGAGCGGCACUGUUCACCUAAGCAAUCCUCUCAUCCUGACCUUGUUUUUAGGCAACGCCGUCGUGUCGUUCGGAUGCGCCUUUGUCAUAUCCGCCUUUUUUGAGGCACCCGUUAUCCGAAUACUUAAAAUAUGUUUUAAAAAGUAAUGGAAUCUGAAUACCUUCGUACGUCAACGUCAAUUGGUUUUUUAACCUUUUGGCAGCCAAUUUGUUAUUUGUUGGUUAAUAUCCCAUAUAUGUAUCUUCAAAGUGUACUUGGUUCUUCUCCAUUUUUUUGUGUCUGCAACGAAGUAAUGCACAAUCAGAUGUCAUCUUAUGCUUAUAAAUAUCUAUAGGCUUAAAUAUGUUAUAUAUUCUUGUUAAUGAAGUAGGCAGCUAACUGGAGAUACGUUUUUUUUUAAUAAAAUAUACCUUAAACC